UGCAGGCUUGCUGUGACUCUGAAGCUAGCUAGCUUAUCUGGCUUUCGAAGGUCGGUUCGAAUUUGCAUCAGUUUCGUAUUUUAUUCUAAACAAUGGAAAGUGACAUACUUGAUGCCCUGGAGCAAGUCGGAUACGGCGGGGUCCUCGUUAACGAGAACGCACUUUCAGCGGCAUGUGAACACGGAUGUUCCUCGCAGGAAUAUGCAAAUAUGUGUGCAUGGCUGUCAACCAAACUGAACCACCACUGUGAUAUCGGGAAUCAGAGAUCGGGAACAUCAGACGAUCCUGAGAGGGGUAUGUUUGAAUUGAGCAAACUUCUUAAAGAGAUGUCUUGUCCUUAUAAAGGACUUGUUUCAGGCUUAAUAAAAGGAGAACUAAACAAAAACGACCACCUAAAAAUUAUUUUGUUUCUAGUAUCUGAACUUCAGGCUGCACAGAUCAUGGCAAGCAAGACAGUAACUGACAGAACAGUUAAGAAACAGAUAACGCCUCUUCAAGAUCUCCAAGCAAUCUGCAAAACACUGAAUUUGACCAAGCCAGAUGAACAGCGACCAUCAGAGUUAUUUUCAUCCAUAGAAAACCAAGUAAAUGUUUUGCUCAAGAAAUUUCCAGAGAGGCAUGUCGGAAAGCCUGUUUUAAAGCAAUCCCUCACCAGUGAGCAGUGGCGGCAUCUGGAGAAGAUAAAUCAUGUUCUUUCUGCAGACUACGCAUGUCGUCGGCGCAUGCUGGCCAAACGGCUCGAUGUCACCGUGCAGUCUUUCAGCUGGACUGACAGAGCGAAGGAGAAAAUUGAUGCUAUGGCCAAGGCCUAUCAGCCAAAGAGACACUCACUGACAUUAAAGUCAUCAGUAAGCCUGGCUCACCUCCUGGCAGCAAGAGAGGACAUCUGCAACAUGGUGAAGACUAGCAGUGGCUCCAGCAGAGAGAAGACCACCUGCGCUGUGAACAGAGUGCUGAUGGGAAGGGUUCCUGAUCGGGGUGGAAGACCUUCAGAGAUAGGUCCUCCCCCUCCAGAGAUGCCCCCUUGGCAGAAGAGACAGGAUGGAGGAGGACGUGGAGGAUCCAGAGGGGGUGGAUAUGGGGGUGGGGGAUAUGGAGGGGGAGGGAGGUACGGCAGAGGUGGGGGAUAUGGCGGGGGAUAUGGUGGAGGUGGGUCAAAAGGUGGAUGGGGCCAAGGUGGAGGUGGCGGACGAGGUCAGUGGGGGAAAGGUGGUAAGGGGGGAUAUUAUCGAUGAUGUGUUUUUGUUUAUUUUAGUUAAAUGAUUAAGCACAGUGGAUGUGCAUAUUGUGUAAUGAGUUGGAUCAUCAACAUGAAUCCAGCACCUUUCUGGGUUUUUGUUGUUGUUUUUGUUUUUUUAAUCCUCAUUGUGUAGAUGUGGCGAAACUGAAGGAUGCGUUGUGAACAAUUUUUUUUUUUUUUUUUUUUUUUUUUUUUUUAGUACAACAGCCCUUUUUUUAACGCAGAUGAUGAAAUUAAGGUUCAUAUAAUCAGCCCCUGACUAGCACCAUCCAUGCACAUGUAUCAGUGUUAAUACAAUGUUAUUAAUCAUGACCUUCCAUAAGGUUACAUGUCUACAUUAUUAUACGUUAUGGGAGACAGAAUGGGGAGUAAAUUGAAUGUGACUGUGUGACUAAUCCAAGUCAAGGGGUCCAGCAGUUCUUGUCUAGUUUAACCAAGAUACCUGCAGGAAAAGUAUGGCAGUUACUAAUUAAGUGCAUGUAUAGACAGUGCCUCUUAACACCACUGCAAGGGACAGUUUUGGUUUACUGUUUUUUGGUUUAUUGUUCAGAGUGAUAAUGUAACUCUGACGAAAGUAUCAGUUUUGUCAAAGAAAAAGCCAGCAGAAAAAAAUGUAAAACAUCUUUUACAUGUUCUUUGCUUAAAAAUCUGGCAGUACUAAAUAAAACAAAAACUAAACUAAA